ACCCACUAACCUCUAUCCUCUGCUCUUCCCAUCUCCCCAUCCUCUCUUCUUCCUCUUCCCAGUUCGAUAUUUUUCACAGCUUUUAAUUUGAAAAUUUUUAGCUGCAUUGCGUCUGGGAAGAGGAACUUGAUUUUAUUUAGCAUUUACCUUCUCUGUUUUCCAUUAGGGCUUCCACUUUUUUCUUUUGUCCGAGAUGGGAAGGGUUCUGUUUCUGGUUAACCUGUUCUUGCUUUCUAUAGCCUCCGUUGCAUCUGCUACGCAUGAUUAUCAGAAAGCUCUCAGCAAGAGCAUUCUCUUCUUUGAGGCUCAGAGAUCCGGUUAUCUACCAGGCAACCAGAGGAUUAACUGGAGAGGAAACUCCGGUCUUCUUGAUGGGAAAGCAAAUGGGUUAGAUCUGGUUGGGGGUUACUAUGAUGCAGGGGACAAUGUAAAGUUUGGGUUACCCAUGGCAUUCACCAUCACCAUGAUGUCUUGGGGAAUAUUAGAGUACGGGAAGCAAAUGGCUGAAAGUGGGGAGCUCGGGCAUGCCAUGGAAGCAGUGAAGUGGGGCACCGACUAUCUCAUUAAAGCUCACCCCGAACCUACUGUUCUCUAUGGCGAGGUGGGCGACGGGAACACCGACCACUACUGUUGGCAGCGACCGGAGGACAUGACGACGAGCCGGCAGGCCUACCGGAUCGACACAGAACACCCUGGGUCUGACCUCGCCGGUGAGACCGCCGCCGCAAUGGCCGCGGCCUCCAUCGUUUUCCGCCGGUCCGAUCCGGCUUACUCCAACCAGCUCCUCCUCCACGCCAAGCAGCUCUUCGAUUUUGCUGAUAAAUACCGCGGGAAGUACGACAGCAGCAUCUCCGUUGUUCAGAAGUACUACAGAUCCAUCAGCGGAUACGGGGAUGAGCUUCUUUGGGCUGCAGCGUGGAUGCACGAGGCGACCGACGAGCCAUGUUACUUGGACUACUUGGGAAGCAACGGUGGCCCACUGGGUGGGACUGGGUGGGCCAUGACCGAAUUUGGUUGGGACGUCAAGUAUGCCGGUGUGCAAGUUCUCGUUUCCAAGUUUCUUCUCCAAGGGAAAGCAGCUCACAAUUGGCAGGUGUUUGAGAAGUACAGACAGAAUGCAGACUUCUUCAUGUGCUCAUGCUUGGGGAAGGGCUCCCACAAUGUUCAGAGAACCCCUGGUGGCCUUCUCUUCCGGCAGCGAUGGAACAACUUGCAGUUUGUGACUAGUGCUUCUUUUCUGCUCACCGUCUUCUCCGACUAUCUCCAAUCUGCAGGACAGAAUGUGAAGUGUUCCUCAGGAGUUGCCUCGCCUUCUGAUCUUGUCAGCUUUGCCAAGUCACAGGUGGAUUACAUUCUCGGCGACAACCCCAGAGGUACCAGCUACAUGGUAGGAUACGGUUCAACCUAUCCACAGCAGGUACACCAUCGUGGAUCCUCGAUCGUCUCUAUCAAGGUGGAUGAUUCAUUUGUGAGUUGUAGAGGUGGAUAUGCAACUUGGUUUAGCCGAAAGGCUAGUGACCCCAAUCUCUUGGAUGGUGCCAUUGUUGGUGGUCCUGAUGCUUAUGAUAAUUUUGCUGAUGAGAGAGAUAACUAUGAGCAGACUGAGCCUGCUACCUAUAAUAAUGCUCCUUUAGUUGGUCUUCUUGCUCGCCUUCAUGGUGGCAAUGGUGGAUUUAACCAGCUUUUACCUGUUGUGAUUACUAAGCCUAAUUUGCCUACAAUGCCUAAACCUUUGCCAAGUCCCCAACCAAAGCCGUCACCUGUUCCAGUAACUGGUGCUUUCUCUCCAUUCACUGUAAAGCAAACUGCAACAACUUCCUGGUUUGCAAAAGGACGAACCUACUAUAGAUACUCAGUUAUUAUUAAUAACAAUUCAUCAAUGACAGCAAAGGAUCUGAAGAUAGUUGUUUCGAAGCUCUAUGGCCCGAUAUGGGGACUCCAAAGGGCUGUACAUGGUUACAAUUUUCCUUCAUGGAUUCAGUCGCUGCCCGCUGGAAAGAGCUUUGAGUUUGUGUACAUCCAUUCGGCUAAACCAGCAGAUAUUUGGAUCUCUGGUUAUAAACUUGUCUGAAAUUCUUUGAAGUAUAAGAAUUGAGGUCUUGGAGCAGCAUAUAUAGUUCAGUAGUGGAGGGUUUUUUAUAUCCCUUGUCUACUGUGGUUUGCAUGAAGUGUUUAGUUUUUAUAU